UAAAGCCCAACUUCAAACCCUGACUAAACUCGAGGCGACACCAACUGCGGUUGAAACUGAAAAUAUAAUCCCUAAAAUCCCAUUAGUAGGUCACAACUCACAACGCGAGUCGCUCGCCCCCUAUCUUUCCCUCCCUUUCUCUUCAACUUAUCUAGGGUUUCAUCACCAUGGGCAACAACAAGAAAGAACAAUUUGACGUCUCCGAUCUCGGCGCCGCCCUACCCGCCGCUCUUAGUGCGGAGGAUCGGGCCGGGCUUGUAAACGCCUUGAAGGAUAAGCUUCAGAACCUCGCGGGGCAGCACUCGGAUGUUCUCGAGAAUUUGAGUCCCACUGUUCGGAAGAGAGUUGAGGUUUUAAGAGAAAUUCAGAGUGAACAUGAUGAGCUUGAGGCUAAGUUUUUUGAAGAAAGAGCUGCUCUGGAAGCAAAAUACCAAAAACUUUAUGCCCCUCUAUAUGCGAAGAGAUACGAUAUAGUGAAUGGUGUUGUUGAAGUUGAUAGAGUGAAUGAUGAAACUGCUAUGGAUGCAGAUGAUAAAGCUAAAGAAGAAAAAGGUGUGCCAAAUUUUUGGUUAAAUGCAAUGAAGACCAACGAAAUUUUGGCUGAGGAGAUUUCAGAACGAGAUGAAGAAGCUCUCAAAUAUCUUAAGGAUAUAAAGUGGUGUCGCAUUGACGAUCCUAAGGGUUUUAAGCUUGAGUUUUUCUUCAACACCAAUCCAUUUUUUAAGAACUCUGUUUUGACCAAAGUAUAUCAUAUGAUUGAUGACGAUGAGCCUAUUUUGGAGAAGGCCAUAGGGAAUGAAAUCGAAUGGUUACCUGGAAAAUGCCUGACACAAAAGAUACUGAAAAAGAAACCAAAAAAGGGAUCAAAAAAUGCCAAACCCAUUACGAAAACAGAAAACUGUGAGAGUUUUUUCAACUUUUUUAACCCUCCACAAGUGCCGGAAGAUGAGGAUGAGAUUGAUGAAGAACUGGCUGAGGAACUUCAGAAUCAAAUGGAACAAGACUAUGAUAUUGGUUCUACCAUACGGGACAAGAUAAUCCCUCACGCAGUCUCGUGGUUUACGGGUGAAGCUGUUCAAGAUGAUGAUUUUGAAGGCAUUGAAGAUGACGAUGACGAAGAUGAUGAUGAAAUUGACGAGGACGAUGAUGAGGACGAGGAUGACGAUGAGGAGGAUGAUGACGACGAAGAUGAUGAGGAGCCUAAGGGCAAAAGCAAAAAGAAGUCAUCUGGACAAAAGAAGGGUGGUAUUGUGCAUGCUGGUGGUGACCAGAGUGAGCGGCCACCUGAGUGCAAACAACAGUAGGUUUUAUGGGUGCUUUAGUGUUGGUGGUGGUGGUGUUUUGGGUUAAUUUAUUUGUCUGUUUUUUAAUUAUAUAUAUUUUUACUUGGAUCUCUUGGUCUUUUGUGUAUGAUGAGAGUUCUAUAUGUUUGGUCAGAUGUCCAGCUUUCUUUGAAUACUAGAUUCCCAAAAUGAACUUGUGGAAUAUAUUUAUUGUUCUAGUUGUUUUUCCAUUUUUGUGGUAUUUUAGUGUUGUAUAAAAAGGUGUUUGUAAUUGUUUA